UUAAUACUUCAAGAUAAACCUUUGGUUUCACUUUUGUCUGUUAGAGCCAGAUAUUGGGUGACCCGCAUUGCAUUUAGGAAUAAACACGGAAGAUGGGGGCAGAACAGAGCAUCCUGAAACAGAAUGGCUACACAUUAGAAAAGGAAACCGGAAAUGCAGUUAUUGCCACAAAGGGAGAUGACACAUUUCUCAUAACAAAGAUCAUUUUAGAUCAGACAUCCGGAAAUGAUGAUUCAGCAUUAACCUCAGAGAUAGAAAUCCUCAAGACAAUAAACCAUCCUCAUAUUGUGAGCAGCAAGAACUCUUUUAAAGAUCAGAACACUUACUAUGUAGUGAUGGACUACUGUUAUGGAGGCAGCCUUGCUGCAAAGAUCAAAGAGAUGAGUGAGCCUCCACAAGAGUGUGAGGUACUGAGUUGGAUUGUUGAGAUCUGUAUGGCUUUGAGAACCAUCCAUGAAAAAAAAUUGCUUCACAAGCAUCUGACACCAGAGCACAUAUUAAUCACCGAAUUUGGAAUAGUGUGCCUGGGCGGAUUUGGAAAAAUCGAUGAAAAUUCAAUCACUAAUUCAAAUAUGUCAGAAACAAUAAAUUAUCUGGCACCGGAAGUCUUCGCAGUGGGGAAAUAUGAUGCUAAAAGUGACAUUUGGUCAGUGGGAUGCAUACUCUAUGAGCUCUGUACUCUACAACCAGCGUUCUCACCCGAGAAUCCGAUCAAGCUCAUACCAAAGAUACUUGGUGGCUACCCAUCUCUCCCAGACAAGUUCUCACCAGAGCUUCGUGAUCUGUUGAAUGAUAUAAUAAAUAAAGAUCCUCAAUCAAGACCAACUGCCAGUGAGAUCCUGGAGCGUCCUAUUAUGAUAAACAGUCUCUCAGAAAAGUGCAAAACAACUGUGAAGGACCUCCAGACCAGGUUGGACAGGCUAAGGGCCGUGGCUGACGGUUUGGAACGUGUACAUCACGGCACCACCAUUGGCAGUCUGACAGGAGGAGUGAUUGGAGCAGUGGGAGGGAUUACAUCCAUAGUGGGCCUAAUACUGGCCCCCUUCACUUUGGGUGCCUCUCUUGUUGUCACUGGGGUCGGAGUGGGGGUGGGUGCGCUUGGUGGGGUCACUGCUGGCGCCUCAAAUAUCACUAAUAUGGUCAAUCAGUCUUCUGAUCGCAAAGCUGUUCGAUGCAUCAUUAAAGAGAUUGAACAGAAAUUUUAUGCAGUCGUCACCUGGCUCCAGGAGAUUAGCAACAGUUUACAGACUAUCAGGAGCAGAUGUGAUUCAGCUGACACACCUGACACUGAAGAUAGCAGCAACCUGGUAAAGCUCGGAUGCAGAGCAGGGAAAGGCCUAGGUGGCAUUGCUGAAUUAGUUCGAUUUGUUCAGGUGAUGAACGUUGGCAAGAUUGCAGCACAAGCAUCCAGGGUUGUACGUGUGGCAGAGGUAGCAUCAGGUGUGCUUGCUGGUUUAUUUGUGGCAGUGGAUAUCUUCUUCAUUGCCAUGGAUGCAAAAGAGAUACACCACAUUAGACAGGCAAAGGCUGCAGAGGAAGAAGGCAAAACUGGUUCUAUGUCAGUGUCUGAGACUGAAACCAGUGACUGCGUGCACCCUUUUGACAAAGCUAAACUACAGGUAAAAGAUGAUGAACUCAAGUCUGACAGAUCAGAGGCACAGGACCAGUCUCCAAAUACCGCUCCAAUCAGAUCUGAGAUCAUGAAAUUUGUCCGAUCAAUCAGGCAGGCAGCAGACAACUUGCAGGAAGUCUUGGAUGAGCUCAAAAGCAGCAUCAAAUCCAUCCCUUCACUUGGUGACGAGAGUGAGCUGGAAUGGCAAGAUAUGGAAUUAACAUAACCUUAAGGUUACAUUAAAGGAAAUCAGAAACUUUGCUUUAUUUUCUGUCAUAUAUAUAAUUUUACAUUUCCGGAUCUUCAUAUUAGGUUGCUUGUGGUGGAAGACGAUGUGAAAACGCUUGGUGGUGCUAGGGGUUUUCCCCGAACUGGCCACGGUAGCCCUUUGUUUAGAUUAUACUUUUUAAAUCAAUCUAAAAUAAAAACCGUAAUAGCUAGAGCAGAAAGCUAAGGCUUCUGUCAUUCAAGUCAUCCCGUUGUACGCUUAUGGUGACGUCAUUAAGUUUCGUUACGUGUGGUGAAAAAUCCCGUAACGACGCAUGAUGGCCAGAUGAGCAGCUAAGCAGGUCACAGGAGAAAUGUCACAGAAAGAUUGAGAGAAACAUUUAGAUUCAGCAGUUUACCAUAGUUAGCAUAGUUUGGUAUAUAGUUUAGUUCAUAGUUAACAUAGAAGGCUUAGGUCUAACAUACUUUGCUAGUAGUAAUAGUUGACAGGAACUGCCAUGAUGACUACAUCAAGUGAACAUACAGCAUUAUUACAAAAUAAACACCUUUGUAAAUUAAAAAAGAUACACAGUGACUUGUGUAAAAUGACUUGUGGAGUGUUAAGAACUAUUUUGUUCAUCUUUCUACAUUUAGAAAUAUUUUGGAUCAAUGUUUUGUGUUUAUUUUGUAGAAUUUUAUGAGAAAACAUUCCCGAUUUCUUAAAAAAAAAAAAAAUGCAUCACACAUCAACAAAUACUUUUAUCAAUUAUUAUGGUUUAUUGACUUGCAUAACCUUUUAGCUGAUGUUUUACAGAUUUUAUGGAUAUGCAGCAUUUGAAGAUACUCCAAGAAAUGACAUCACAAUAGGCAAAAAUACCAGAGUAUCACUGCCGGGGCAUUUGUAUUGCAGAGUUCAAAGGGUUAAUGUGAUGACGUCAUCGCAGACAAUGUGAUGGUGCGAAAAGACAAAAACAUCAGCUUUCCACUGCAAAAAGAAUGAAUGCUCUAGCUGUUAUAGUUACAUUUUAGAUCGAUUUAAACAUCAUCAUGACCAGUUCGAGGCCGUCCGUGGGAGGUCCAUUUACAGAGGGUUAAACAUGACCAAAAGUUUCAAAUAAUGAUGUAAAUGAAUGAAAAAGUAACCCCUAUGUGCAACAAGUUUAGGCUUCAGAUGUCUCUACUUUAAUGCCGAGCUGACAUCACAUUGACAAGGAUGUCCUUAGACAGUCAUGUGCUCAUUAGACAGCCAUGUGCUCAUUUUCUGCUCCAGGCACAGCACGCCCACAAAUUACAGGGACGCCUCAUCCACCUAGACAGGCCCCCAGAAACACUCUGCCCUAGCAGCGUCUACAAUUUUUCCGAUCUAAUUCUUGUCUCCUUUGUGGUCUUAAUUAAAUCAGUAAACAAAUAUUUCUGUGUAAUCAGUGUCAAUACUGAUGAAUGCUACUGUAAUGUACUUUUAAUAAUGACAACUUAUUAAAGUUAAUUAAUCUCUAUUGCCAAUUUCACCUUUAAAGUAACUGUCAUGAGUAACUAUUCUGUCUAACUAACAAAUUCUGUCUACUAACAAAUCAUAUAAAAUAUUUUUUUUCAGCUACUUUAUAAUAAUGAAUAUUGUUGUGUACCAACAGUUUGGAUUUGUGCAUUUUAUAUUAAAUAAAUUUGGACUACUCCAAAUUCCUCUUCUCUCCCUGGGAGAAAGAAAGGAGGGGGUUGAGAUAUCAACUUUCAACAGACGGCUGAAGAGACCCCAAAGGAGGGGGGUUGAAAUUUUCCCUCCCUAAUAGCUGUCUCUGAGCAGCCUGAUCGUAAAACUGACCACCUUUUGAUGCCGCAGCCAGAUAACGCGGUACUUGACUGUUAAACUGACAAAAGGAACAUUAACCAGCGAUUAGCGUUUCCCUGAAUAGCCUAUCAAAACUCUUCUUAAAGAAAGGGCAGGAAACCCUAAACUGCCCCCCACACACGUAACCAUGGCAACUGUCCUUCCUCUUUGUUUAAUCAUAUCUCAUCAAAGGGGAUACUCCUUUCACGCCUAGGUGAGAAGCUCCAG